AUGCCGGCGCCCGACCGUGCCGCGGCGGGGAGCGGUGCCGGGGGCCACCUCCGCGGCCACGCGCACCUCACCAACUGCAUCCACCUCCGACACCACCACGGGCACGCGCACGGUCACGGGGGAGCGGGAGCGGGAGGCGCGUCGUCGUCGGGCCGGAGGCGGAGCCCGGCGUCCGUGGCGUCCGCGUCGCUGAUGCGCGACCUUAUCGCGCUGCAAUGCUCGCGAUCGCUCCGGGACCCGUCCACGCGCCGCUCCGUCGAGUCGUCCAGGGUGGCGGCCGACCCCGACGCCGACGCCGACACCGAGGACGACGCCGUCGAUCUCCCCGCCGCCACCAAGUCCCGCCGCAGCGCCGGGGCGCUCAAGACGCUCCUGGACCAGCUCGCGGAGAACCCCCACCCCAACCCGAAACCCAGCCGACGCCCGCCCCGCCGGUUCAAACGCCGGGCCGGCCGCCGCGCCACCGCUGUCAGUAAGCCUCCGGACCGCACGGCCGCGCUCUCCGUCAACUCCAGCUCCCAGGAGGCCGUCUGCGGCAACAGAUACCUGUUCCAUGGCGACGGCGGCGGCGACGACGACGAUGGCGGGGAGGAGCUGCAGCAGCAUUUGCCGCAGGACUCGCGCAACGUCUGUGGCAUUCCGUGGAACUGGUCGCGUCUGCACCACCGCGGCAAGUCCAUCCUCGACAUGCCCGGCCGCAGCCUUUCGUGCGGCCUCUCCGACUCCAAGUCGGCGGCGGGGCGGAAGUCUGAAGAAGCCGCCGCCUCAGGUGGCGGCGUCAAUGCCUCGCGUCCCCUUUUCCCCGUUAAGUCCGAGAGGUUGGCCUCGUCGACCAGUUCGGACUCGGACGCGCUGCCCCUGCUGGUUGAGGCUGCCACCUCCGGUGCUCGCAACCGCAUUGGCGCCAUCUCUGGAAGCUAUUCUGGAGAGCUUGGGAUUUUCUCUAACCAGACCAGCGAGAUGGAUUCCGACCUGCUGUCUGAGUCUCAGUCAGGGCAGAAGUCACAGGCCUCGCAGCAUGGCCGUGGGCGUCACCGUAGCCUGACACAGAAAUUCGCACCAAAGACGUUCAAAGACGUUGUUGGGCAGAGCUUGGUGGUGCAGGCGCUGUCGAACGCCAUCCUGAGGAGGAAGAUUGGUUUGGUGUAUGUGUUCUAUGGGCCGCACGGCACGGGCAAGACUUCAUGCGCCCGUGUCUUUGCCAAGGCACUCAAUUGCCUCUCCUCUGAGCACCCCAGGCCCUGUGACUCUUGCACGUCGUGCAUCGCUCACAAUCUUGGCAAGAGCAGGAGCCUGAUGGAGAUUGGGCCUGUUGGCAACAUCGACAUGGAUGGCAUUGUGGACGUCCUCGAUAACGUGAUGCUUUCACCAGCUCCAUCACACUACAGGGUGUUUAUAUUUGAUGACUGUGAUACGCUGCCAACUGACACUUGGAAUGCUAUCUCUAAAGUUGUGGACCGGGCGCCCCGUCGUGUUGUGUUUAUCCUUGUUAGUCCAAACCUUGAACUUCCUCAUAUCAUCCUGUCGAGAUGCCAGAAGUUCUUUUUCCCAAAGCUGAGGGAGUCCGACAUUGUCAAUACAUUGCAGUGGAUUUGCACCAGCGAGAGUCUAGAUGUUGAUAAAGAUGCACUGAAGCUAAUUGCAUCCCGUUCUGAUGGAUCUUUGAGGGAUGCCGAGAUGACUCUUGAUCAACUCAGUUUGCUGGGGCAAAGGAUUUCCUUGUCUCUUGUCCAAGAAUUGGUUGGCCUGGUGUCUGAUGAUAAACUGGUUGAUUUGCUUGAUUUGGCACUAUCUGCCGAUACGGUGAACACAGUGAAGACACUACGAGACAUCACAGAAACCGGUGUUGAGCCUUUAGCACUAAUGUCUCAGCUUGCCACAAUAAUUACUGAUAUUCUUGCUGGUUCCUAUGCAUUUACUCGAGAAAGGCCCAGGAGAAAGUUCUUCAAAUGUCCUACCUUGUCAAAGGAAGAUAUGGAAAAACUACGCCAGGCCUUGAAAACACUAUCUGAAGCUGAAAAGCAGUUGAGGGUUUCUAGUGACAAGACAACCUGGCUUACAGCUGCUCUGCUUCAGCUUGCUCCUGAUAAACAGUACCUGUUGCCUAGUUCAUCAACUAGUACAAGUUUGAACCAUGGUGUGCUGAUUGGUUCGUUUCCUGAUAGGGGUAUAGGGAGGGCCUCAGCAGUUGAGCAUAAAGGUAACCUGGCAGGCAAGUCUUAUGGGGAAAGGAGAACUGUUGAACACACAGAAAAUGGUCAUGUGUUGUCAACCAGUUCUCUCAGAGCAAAUGAGGGAACUAAACACAGAAAAACAGAAAAUGAAAUGAUCUGGCAAGCUGUGCUUGAGAGUAUCCAAUCAGAUACAUUGAGAAAAAUGAUGGCUAAAGAGGCCAGGCUAAACUCUGUCAGCCUAGGCACAGCACCAACAGUGCAACUAAUAUUUAGCUCACGUAUCAAUAAGUCCAAAGCCGAAAACUACAGAGCUCAGAUUCUGCAGGCAUUUGAGUCUGUUCUUCGUUCUGCUAUAAUACUUGAAAUCCGAUAUGAAUCAAAGAAUGACGCAAAAGCAGGUCAUGCUUCAUCAAUGUCUCCUUACCCUGAGAAUGACUCCUCCAAUGCGACACUGAGGAGGACCUUUACUAAACAUAGUCCACUCUCUUCUGGAGGUGAGAAUCUAAUUACGAGGCUUAAAAAGGAUAGUGUUGUGAAGGGAGCUAACUCUAGUAAGACUAGAUGGAUGCAAUCUGAUCCCCACAUAUUAACAGAAGGUGAAAUAAUUGAAGUUGGACCUUCUCACAUGCAUUGGCAUGCUCAAACAAAUAAUGGUGCUCUUGACAUAAAUGAAAGAAGAAAGGAUAAUGUAUGGGAGGAGGAAGCUUUGUCAUCACCAAACCAAGAGAGCGUGACUAAUCGAAAAGGAAGAAAUGGGAACAUACAGCGUCGACAGAACAGCAUAGUAAAAGGAAAGGUAUCUCUUGCUCAUGUUAUUGGGAGGGCAGAAGCUUGUUCUCAACGAGGAGGCUGGUCUAGACGAAAAGCUAUAUCGAUUGCUGAAAAGCUAGAGCAAGAGAAUUUGUAA